UUCAGCCUUCAAACCCGCCUUCCAAACCAUCUUCAAAACCAAACCCCCCCAGCUUCUUCAAAAGCACCACCAACCAGUCAAAAUGCAGUUCUCCAGCGUCUUCACCCUCCUCACCAUCGCCAUGACCGCCGCCGCGGCUCCGGCCGAGGUCGUUGCCCGCACGACCAUCACUCCCGGGUCCUGCACCAUCCCCAACUACAAGCCCCACUGCUGCCAAAGCUUGUCCAGCACCGGCGGUGGAGUCCUCGGUGGCCUUCUCGGCCUCGACCUCAGCGCCGCGCUCGCCUGCGUUGUCGGUGUCAUCGGUGGCCAAUGCAACGCCAGCGUCAAGUGCUGCAAGAGCGAUGCUACCAACACCGGUAACGCCCUCGUCUUCAUUAACGCGGCCAACUGCGCGUUAUAAGUCACACGGCAA